UGCAGUCGGAGCAUACGUCAUCGUGAAUCGACCUACAACUCCGAAGUGAAUAAGCGCUAUGGCUACGAUUUCGGCUGUGACGAAAAUUUCUCCCAAAUUAAUUCGUAUUCUCGGGUGCAAUCCUGGACCUAUGACUCUGCAAGGGACUAAUACCUACAUUAUCGGUUCUGGCAAAAGACGAAUUCUUUUGGAUACAGGAGAUAAAGGCGUAACGAACUACAUUGAUAAUCUCAAGAAAGUGAUCAUUGAUGAACGCAUUUUGAUCAACGACAUUAUUGUUUCUCAUUGGCAUCAUGAUCAUGUGGGUGGAGUAGAUGAUGUUCUGGAUAUUCUUGAAAAUAAAGACUCCUGUCGUGUAUGGAAAUACAUUCGUACCGAUGAUGCAGAACCUGUUAUCAAAAAUUCCUCUUUCUGCUUCCUUGAGAAUGGCCAAAAGUUUGAGCUCGAUGGAACGACAAUAGAAGUUAUUCAUACUCCAGGUCAUACAACCGAUCACAUAGUGUUAUUCAUACAUGAUGACCAAUCGCUCUUUAGUGCCGAUUGUAUUCUCGGAGAAGGAACAGCUGUAUUUGAGGAUCUUUAUCACUACAUGGAAAGUUUAAAAGUUAUUCAAAGUUUGAACCCCAUUGUUAUUUAUCCUGGCCAUGGAAAUAUAAUCAAUGAUCCUAGCGAGCGGAUUGUAAAUUAUAUUUCUCACCGAAACCAGAGAGAAACUCAAAUACUCCAAGUUUUUAAAACUAAUCCAGCAACAUGUUUCAACGAAAUGGACAUUGUCGAACUGAUUUAUACAGAAAUACCCGAAGAACUAUGGAAAGCCGCAGCUUACAACGUUAGCCAUCAUUUGAGUAAACUAAUGAAGGAGGGCAAAUUAUUUCAAGAAAAUGGAAAUUGGAAACUUGCAACACCUUCUACAGUGUUGUAGUAAUAUUAAGAUCAAACUCAACUUAUGAUUUUAGCCACUUGCAAUAUGUAUAUAUUGAAUUGUAAAUAAAAGUAAUGCGAUUUUUUAAAAUCCCAAAAAAAAAGUA